UUAAAAGUGUGAUGUUUGUAAUAUAAACACCCAAUCAAAUGGUGAGAAUGUAAUAUUUUUUGGUAAACAAAGAUUUUUAAGCUUAAAUAUAAUUGAUUUCUCAAUAGAAAAACUUGAUUGAUUUACAACGUAUGUAAAACAUACUAUCAGUAUGAACAUUUCAUAACCAAUCAACAAUGCUUUCGGUAAUGCCUCGAUGUUUGAGUUCUGAGGAAUUAAUGGAGCUUUUUAAUGCGCUUGAUAAUAAUGGAGAUGGUGUUGUCAGUCGACAGGAACUGACUACAUGUUUAGUAAAAGCCGGAAUUUCCAUGGCGAAGGUCGAACAAGUCAUGAAUCAACUAGAUCUAAAUCGAGAUGGUUUUAUUACUCUUGAUGAAUUUAAAAUAGCCUUAGGAUUAAAUAAAGAACCUGCGGCUGAAUGGAGACGACUUUUCAUGCAAAUGGAUCAAGAUCGAAGUGGUGAAAUUGAUGUCAAUGAAUUACAAUCUUUAUUUGAUGAAGCUGGCAUGACUGUAUCACGUUCCGUAUUAGAUGAAUGGAUACGUGAAAAUGAUGUAGAUGAAGAAGAGAAUAGUUUAAGAUCACCAAUAAAUUCAAUGUCGAAUAAGGAAGCACUGAUCAGAUUAUUUCAUAAAUUAGAUGAAAGUGGUGAUGGAAUUAUUUCAUGUGAUGAAUUAUAUUCAGGAUUGAGUAAAGCUGGGGUUUCCUCAGCUGUUAUAAAGAAAAUAAUGGAUCGUUUGGAUCUAAACGGUGAUGGAAAAGUUACAUUUUCGGAAUAUGAAAUAGCGAUUGGAAUCAAUAAUAACUAA